AUGGCGAACCCUGAUGACCCGGACUUCAACGUCUUUGUAAAUGAUCUAAUGAAUGCUUCUUUUUCGUCCGCAUAUGUUGAUAUGGAUAUAGAUGACAGUGACCGUGAGGACGCGCUAAUAUAUAACAAUCCUGGUGAAAGUGAAAGUGACGGAGAAGUCAGUCAACCCCCUCAACCUCUAGCACUGCCGCUGGAUUCACAACCACCUGUCACACCCCUUCAACCUCCAGCAUUGCCCGGCUCCACAACUGAUACCAGUCACACCACCUAUGAUGACCUUAUAAAUGAUAUAGGCCUAACAAAUACUUCCUUCUCGUCUAUAAUUGAUGUUAUGGAGAUAGAUAGUGACCGUAAGGACAUUUCUGUCACAUCACCGCCGGUUUCACUACCGACACCUGUGACACCGCUGCCGACUCCACUACCAACACCUGUGACACCGCUGCCGGCUCCACUACCAACAUCCGUGACACCGCUGCCGACUCCACUACCAACACCUGUGACACCGCUGCCGGCUCCACUACCAACAUCCGUGACACCGCUGCCGGCUCCACUACCAACACCUAUCACAGACCCUCAACCUCCAGCUAGGGCCAAGCGGUCUCGUGGUGUCAAACGAGCACCUGUGACACCACCGGCUCCACAACCGACACCUGUCACAACCCCUCAACCUCCAGCUCCGGCCAAGCGGUCUCGUCGUGUCACACGAACACCUGUUACACCGCCACCGGCUCCACAGGCCCAGCCUCCACCCGACUCUGCCGACCUGCCUACCGCACAACUCAGCGACUGGGUUGACGUCACUGAUAACGACCCUGGCCCUUCGCAUACCAUCCCGAUAUAUUCGGUAAGUGCUGGACCUGUACUUCCUGCCGCGUUCGAUAGCGAGCAGUUCCGCACAUGCUUGGUGAAGUCCUUGGUAGAGGAAAAACUCGCUAAUCGUCCAAUAGCACGUAAAAGAGGCCGUCCAGUCUACGGGCCACCGAAUCAACGGUUAGAUGGAAACCCACAUUUUAUGGACAGAAAAGAAAAGGGAGCUAAUCGGUGUGUGGUGUGUUUCAAAAAUGGACGCCGCCGCGAGACAAUCUACUUCUGCAAGACUUGCGACUCCCGUCCGGCGCUUCACCCAGACACCUGUUUCGAGCAGUUCCACACGAUGGCUGAGUACUAG